CAAUAUUAGCUGGAUGUUCAAAGAGCGAAAAUCUAUCUAAAUGGUGAAUUUGAAAAUCCUGAGCUCGUAUAGUACGAUUCUCUUGUUCCUGACGUUGCUCCAACAAGCAGAAAAUGCGAAAAAUUCCCCGUCCGGUCUGGAACAUGUCUCCGAAAACUUCCGCCUUCUUGCUCGAGUCACCAACGCAAUCUCACUACAAGCUGCUGCCAUCCAACAAAAUUUGAAUCUAGAGAGCAUUUUAUCCGAAUUUCUCCAUGUGCACUCAUCUAAUCUCUCGGCAAUUCUUGAUGUGGACACCAAUUACGUUUUGUCAGAAAUGAAAAAGAUGGCAGAACUAAGUAAGAAAAUUAAACCGAAACUAUGUUCACCUGCAGGAUCCAAUGAAUUUAUCAUGCAACUAGCUGGACCACUGUCCACGUUAUUCGGAAAUCCACAAACAAAAUUGAAAAUUAUCAAUUUUGGAUCUAAAGUUGACCUGCAAAAAAUUUUGGAGGCCUCUGCCGAGCUUUCAACUGGAUCUUUUCUGAACAAUGACUGUUUGAAGCUGGAUGUAAAAACCAUUCAAAAUUUUCGAGAAUUAUUUGGCCAAUGGAUUUAUCAAACUGUUGAUUUCAACUCUACGUUAGAUGUCCUGGUUGAAUUCGCAGGAUUUCGAGAUUAUUUUGUACGUUGCCUUGAAAACUUGAGACAACUCGAAGCAGAGUCAAACCCUUCUGGAAACGGGUUGAGUCAAUAUAGAUUAGUUCGUGAAGCUGAAAAGCUUGCAUACAAAUUUUCUACCAGACACACUCUGUCAUUCACCUUUUUGUUUCAUUUUUCUAAUUCUAUAAGUGUGCUCAAAUCAACACUACCUAUUUGGAGAAGAGACGCCUUGGCAGACACUCAUCGUGAUGAAAAGUUGAUGACGAAGUUCUACAACUCCGUUCAAAAAACUGGAAAUUGUGCGAGAAGUCCGGAAUAUUUGACUCCAUCAUACACUGCCGGAUUCAGAAACGUUCAGGAGUUGAUGCAAGUAUUUGAUGAUUUGAAUAGUGACUGGUUCGUGGAAAAAAUUGCAAAACGAGCAAGCCGGAAAAACUUGUCUGAAGCAUUACUGGCGUAUAAACGCGCUUCCGGAAAAGUCAUCAAUUUGGAAUCGGUUUGGAGGAACUUUCUGGAUAAUUCAAAAAAUUUACUCGAGGAUGAUAACAUUACAUUUGCAGUGAGUGCUGCCGGUGAUACCUUGCGUUCCACUGUCAACGAAGAAUUUCUUAGCUCAGUGGAAAAAGCGAAUGAUGGUUUUCAAAACUGCAUAUUCUUGAGAAAUUCUAGUUUCGAUCUUUUGAAACUGAAACAAUUUGGCGAGCAACAGUCGAUGGUUUUAGAAAUAAUAAAAGGUCUUCGGGAGGCGAAUAAGAUGAUCAAGGAAUUAAAAACCGACUUACUUUAUCGACCGGCUGACAAAAUUGAUAACUUGAAGCAAUUCAAGAAAACUUUUGGGACUCUCCAUGAAUACAUCAAUAUGAGUAUGACGGGUAGCAGCACAAAUAUUAAUCUUAUUCAAAUGUUGUUGACCACUACGCAAGAAGGCACUCUGUUUUUGAAAACCAUCGAAAGUGUUGAAAAGAUGGUAACUGGAAUGCAAACGUUGAAAAAUUUAUCGAGCAGCUUGAAGGCCAACUGGACGCAGAACGUAACACUGAAGGAAAUUUUUGAGGAAAUGAAUUUGCAAGCGGUUUACGAGUGCCGAGUGCUUAAGAGAGGAGCAACUCGAAUGGGGAAACAUGAUCUCGUUAUUCCUUUUUGAAAACAGAGUUUGCAAACUUUCCCAGGAAGAUGUUUUGAGCCGAACCAUUGCCCAUCUCGAGGAUCUUCAAAAAGUGCAAAAGGAAGUGAGCAAUGUUAGACGUGAAAUAAGAGCUACAUAUCAAACUGGAAAAACAAACGCCUCCACACUUAAUACAACUACAAAUCCCGUUUUAAUGCUUCCAACGCCGGUUCAGUUGAGUCGACAAUUGGGACUUUGCACGAGAGUUCUGAACAACAUUGAAAAGGCACGACAAUCCAGAAGUCAACUUGAAAAUUUACCAAAUGGUCGUUUCUCUGAGUUUGUGAUAAGUCUAUUCAAGAAGUUCAAUUUGGAUGAAUGGGAAAAAGCGGAUGGCGUGCUCUACUGAAUGAUACAGAUGAACUUGAGAAAAUAGCCAAAAAAGUGCAGAACAAAAGUUUGGAAGAAAUGUCCGAAAUAUUCGAUAUUGCUUCUUCUGUUCUCGGAAUAGCUGGAUCUAGAAGUGAUUUGGAACAUUUUCAAAAAGAACUGACUCGUAUUUCGGACGACGAGGCUGCUAAAACUGCAGUGGUAUUCAAAGAGUAUUUGGACUUGAAUUUGGAUCUAUCCUUUUCCAAAUACAAAACUGAUUUGGCUAACGCUCGAGUGAUAGUCACGUCUCUCAGCAACUACUUUGACGAAAUAUUUGGUCACAAGAAGGUUAUAAUCCGAACAAUUGACCAAAGCAUAUCACCAUUUGUAUUUGUUGGAAUUGGUGUCGGAGCUUUUUUACUCAUUAUGGUGGUUUGUUUGAUGAUUUAUGGAUGCACCGAACACGGAAGAAAAACUUUCAAAACCUAUUAUCUUUAUUACUAUGGGUCAAUCAAAGCUUUUGAGAAUAGGUGGAGAUAUUCGAUGUUUCUUGAUGCAAUUGAUGGGAAAAAUGCGAUUCUUGAUGCGGUCCGUGAGAGGAAUAAGCCGAACUUGUUGAAAGCACUGCAGAAUGGGGCAUUUGUUGAUGUUUAUAAUAAAUUCGGAAACACUGCUCUCCACGUGGCAACGAAGAAUGCUCAACCUGAUCUGGUCAAGCUUCUCAUCAAACACGGCGCGGAUCAAUCGCUCCUCAACCACAAAAACCUCUUGCCGGAACAAAUGCUCAUUUCAAAACAUAGAGAAACGCCAAAUGACAGAAAGGAAGAAUAUGAGGAGAUUCGGAAAAUUUACAACAAGUAUCGCAAGAAAAAUACGCGCUCUAAUGUUCCUCAGCAGUUUCCAGUCAGCUCAUUUCAUAUUUGGAUGGAUGAAAAGACAGAUGAUAAGUUGACAAAUGCGUUCAUGGAAAAAUUUCCAUCUAUUACAUCCGAUGAAGCAAUGCUCACCACGACUCAUGUUGUUGUAAAAGUAAAUCCCGCUGGAGUUCUGGAAACCGAUGAUCUGUCCCUUCUCGUCUGGAUUUUCAACGGAGCAAUUAUUGUCAAAGAGAAGUGGAUGACUGAUUGCUUGUCGGAUGAGAAGCUCAUUGCUCAUGAUUCGAAGUACCUGGUUAAGAAAGUUCAGUACAAAGGAACCACGUACGACACGAUUCUUGCAUGGAGUCAGGCAAUGGCCAAAGGACAAAUUCCUUACAUGCUGGGAGUCUGUGUUGUUGUUUGUAUGGAAAAGUGCAAGAGCUUGUACACAAUCUCGCAACUUGUCACUUCUCAAGGUGGAUUAAUGUGCAAUUCGUUCCCAAAAAAGGAGGACUUCGAUGUCGAAGCACGCCCAUAUCUUCAUGCACAUCUCGGGCCACUAUUUGUGAUUCACGAUGGAAAGAUGAACUUGGAGCCCUAUCGAAAUGACCGGGAUAAGAUGUACACAUGUUUUACCGAAACCGAAUUUAUUCAAUUCAUGUUGAAACGAGACAUCUAUAAGGAUCCUCGUGACGAUCCAGUCAACUUGUUCAAGGAAGGAGAAGCUUGA